AUGUCUUCUGAAUCUUUAGAAGGUGUUAAAUCACCAGCACAAAGUGUUGGUCCUGAUUACCGCCCCGAGAAGCCUGUUGCAACCGUUUCUACUCCAGUAUCCUUCGAGAAUGUUCACACAUUACCUCAAACCCCGCAGCUUAUUGCUCUUCUCACCAUGAUCCGAGACAAGAACACGCAGCGAGCAGAUUUCAUAUUUUACUCGAACCGAAUCAUUCGUUUACUGGUUGAGGAAGGUCUCAAUCAUUUACCAGUGGUAGAGCACACGAUCACUACCCCAGUUGGUCGAACAUAUGCAGGAGUCCAAUUUCAAGGAAAAAUAUGCGGUGUUUCUAUCAUGAGAGCUGGUGAAGCUAUGGAGCAGGGACUACGGGAUUGCUGUCGUUCCGUGCGAAUUGGUAAAAUAUUGAUACAAAGAGAUGAGGAAACUUCGUUGCCUAAGCUCUUCUAUGACAAACUUCCAGAAGACAUUGCACAACGUUGGGUAUUGCUUCUUGAUCCAAUGUUCGCUACAGGGGGAUCUGCAUCAAUGGCAGUAGACGUUUUGAUUUCUCGGGGAGUUCCAGCGGAAAGAAUUUUGUUCUUGAAUUUGAUAGCGAGCCCAGAAGGCAUCGAGUCCUUCGCUAAGAAGUACCAGAAGGUUAGAGUUGUGACGGCAUUUAUUGAUCAGGGUCUCGACGAAAAGAAUUAUAUUGUGCCUGGUCUUGGUGAUUUUGGCGAUAGAUUUUAUACUAUGUAA